AAAUUAUAACUUUUGAGUUAUGCUUCAAAGUGUAGCACACUUGCGGGGCAAGCGUAAACGAGAAUUCUCGUAUUUGGUAUUCAAUGAUUUAAGGGUCAACGGAGGAAAACACAACCAAGAACGACCGACAAACCCAACUUGAAAUGGGAAACAUUUCCUCAAAUCUCAAUCGAUUAAUAAACUAUUCGAACGACGUUUUAUCAAUCGAUCGAUAGUUGCCAUUUGUUAACUUUUUUAUUCCGAUAUGUCAAUUUCUAAAACCAACCAGAAUAAUUCCAGAAGACACGUGUGUAACCCAGUUUCCGAUUUAGCACAUUGGUUUUCGGUUUCUUCAAUAUAAUUUUUAUUCCGUGUGCACCUUUCCCGCCAGCCAGUAAUGACCGAAAUUGCAUUUCAUUAGCGUUCAAUCAAUCGCGAUCCGAUGCAUGGGAUGGGAAAAACAAUGAAUGCUCUGCUCCUGAAGUACGGAGAAAGAUCUCCCUGGGCCGCACCGGGAGCAUAGAUAUGGGUCAGAAAGAAUGCUGCUGCAGCAGCAAAAACGGCCCUACCGAAAACCAAACCUUUAAAAGGCAGCUCGUCCGGGCAUCGCCUUUCAGUCAUCGACAGGCGCGAUCCAGAUUGAGCUUCACUUUCACAAAAAUGGCAAUUCGUCGGAUAUCUUUUUCAGUAGUGCGGUUGUCGAUGUCGUUAAUUCUGCUGAUGGCCUUGGCAGUUGUUACGAAAUCCGAUUUUAGCGAUUUGCAACGGUUCGGCUGGUUCGAGAGACAGCACCCGGUGGUGCAGGAAUUUGGAACCUACAAUGCAAGUGAUCGGAUUUGCUACCGGAAGAAGAUCCCGAAUGGAUCGUACAGCCCUCAGGUGGUGUACUACAGAAAUAUCGAAAAUACUCCCAUCAAUUACGUCAAACUGGAAACACUGGAGACGAAAAAUUGGAGCGGUUUUGCCGCCGAUCUGGCUCAGGGAUCGAUCGGCAUGAACUACAUCGGUAUUGAGGUUAGGGCCACAAAUUCCUGGGGUCCCUUCCUGGUGGAUGUUUACAUGGACGUGAUGUGUGCCAAUAGUGUGCCCAAGAAGAAAAUUUUCGGAAGUUCCUCGCUGUGGGAUACCUACUGGGCAACGAAAGCGAGAAGAACUGAAACAAAUUAACUGCCAAUGUGUGAAAACGUGCGUCUUGAAGACUGAUAGUCCGUAAAAGAGAGUGUGGGCGACAAGUGGUUUUUUUUUCAAUAUAUUAUGAAUGAAAUUUAUGUGAGUGCAGGAAGUGAAAGUUGAACAAAGAUUGCAUGCAUUUGGUCAGCGUAUUAUAUAAUUAGCAGGUUGACAAUAAAAU